UUCUUCCGAUCUCUUUGGAUGGAAUUGUUUUGGUCACAGAUUCAUCUUUUCGACGUAUUUGGAAAUAGCAAAAGAGAUCUUUUUUUUUAUCAGACAUAUAAAGAUGAAACAAGAAUCAGACAGGAACGAACUGCGUAUAGAAGGAACACAGGAUGAUGGUUAUGUAGGAAGAAGACAAUGUUCAGCUGUUUCACAUGUAAUUUGGGAGCCGCGAAUAUAUUGUAGGAGUUACGCUGUAUCAUCUUUUCCAAGGAGACAGGCCAAGCUGGAAUCUGCCAUUAACACGAGACAGAGGAGCUGCAGAUGCACUCGUGCGGUUUCGUUAGUUUAAGAGAGAGAAUUCAGGAUCAUGUUGUGUUUUGGUGCAAUCACAUUUGUACAGAUCUGAGAUCCAAUCAAUUUUUUUUUUCUUUAUCAUUCCAUGGAUCAUAAAUGCCAGAAAACCUCUAAAAAAUUAUGCGGUAGACACACGGGCGGGGCUGACAACUUUUGCAGUUUCCUUCAUUCUUCCAAGGUGGGUUCAGACAAGAUCCGAGGAAAAAUGAAAUAUUGAAGUUAAAGCUGUUGCAGAUGUGGCGUCAUCUUCUUCAAGGGGGGACAAAGCCAAGCUGGAAUCUGGAUUUGCAGUAAAAUAUGCAGAGGAAGGUGGAGAACACUCGUGUGGAUUGCUUUUCUUUAUAAAGUUCGCAACUUUUUAUAUGGCGAUGAAAUCAGAAUCUCAUCUCUGUUGAGGGAGACACUGCGAAAACAUCGCUGAUCACGAUUCCAUUUGUUUCCACGUUUGAUGGGCAUAUCUAUCUACAUCUAUAUAUAUAUGUGUGUGUAUUGACCCGAAAGGUGAUGAAAGCAAGAAGAACAUCUCUCUCUCUCUCUCUCCCUCUGAGAAAACCUUUUCUUGAUUUCGAACUCGAAGAAAAGAGAGAGAAACAAAAAUGGAGGCCGGUUUCCAUGUUCGAUCUAACAGCUUUCCCUCGAGGCCACACCCUCAAGCUGCAUAUGUCGACGAGCAGUUAUGCAGGUUGAGAUCAUCUUCAUCAGAAUCUGCUUCGACGUCUUCUUCUUCCAUCGGCCAUAGACUUGACGACCUUCGAGAUUUGCACGAAUCUCUCGACCAGCUCCUCCGUCUGCCCGUCACCCAACAAGCUCUGUCUCGGGAACAGAACAAGAAUUUCAUCGAGCAGCUUCUUGACGGAUCUCUCAGGAUCUUGGAUCUCUGCAACAUGGCCAAGGAUUCUCUGUCUCAGACUAAAGAAUGCCUCAUGGAGAUCGAAUCCAUCCUCCGGAGAAAACGUGGAGAUCUCACGGGCGAGGUGAAGAAAUACUUGGCCUCGAGAAGAUCCAUCAAGAAAUCACUCCAGAAAGCGGUCAAGAGCUUGAAAGCAUACCGAAACCAAUACAGCAGCGUCGACGGAUCUCUGUCUGCGUUCGGAGAAGCAGAAGCUCUGACGGUUUCUCUGUUCCAUUCCCUGUUUUCCCUCGUGUCUGAAUCGUCGUCGACGCCUCCUUCUUCGGGAAAAUGGACGCUGGUCUCGAAGCUGAUGAACCAGAAACGAGUUGCGUGCGAGGGUCGGGCCGAAAACGAGUUUGCGAAGAUCGAUUCAGCGUUUCAGACGUUCAUCAUGGAGAAGAAGUCCGAGAAGUGGAUGAAAAUGGAGGACGUGCAGAGUUUGGAGCGCAGCGCUCAGGAUCUUGAGGAAGGAAUUGAGUCUCUUUUCAAAUCUUUGAUGAAAUACAGAUUCUCUCUUCUUAACAUCUUAGGCCACUGAUUGUCUAAAUGAAAAGGAUCAUUACUUGUAAAUCCUUCUAAAUCCUUUUUCUCAAAUCAA